CAAGAGCGGCGCGGCGGCGGCUCAGUCCCCCCGUGACGGGCGUCCCGCGCGGCCGCGCCGCCAUGAGCGGCGCCUACCCGGAGCCCGAGGGCUGCGCCGAGCGCCCCGACGGCAAGAGCAAGUCGCCCACGCUGCUCUCCUCCUACUGCAUCGACAGCAUCCUGGGCCGCCGCAGCCCCUGCAAGGUGCGGCUGCUGGGCGCCGCGCCCGGCCUGCCGCCGCCGCCCGCCCGCCCCGCCGACGACGCGGCCGCGCAAGGGCAAGGGCCCCCCAAGGGCAGCCCCCCCUUCGAGCCGGCCGAGCUGCACCUGCCGCCGAAGCUGCGGCGGCUCUACGGGCCGGGCGGGGGGCGGCUGCUGCCGCCGGGGGCGGCGGGCCCGCCGCGGGGGGACCGGCCCGACGGGCGGCCGGAGGGGGGCGCCGCCGCCGCCGCUGCCCCCUGGGACACGCUGAAGAUCAGCCAGGCGCCGCAGGUCAGCAUCAGCCGCAGCAAGAGCUACCGCGAAAACGCGCCCUUCGUGGCGCCGCCGCCCGCCCUCGACGAGCUGGGCAGCGCCGCGGCGCACGUCGAGGAGCGGCCGGGCCCCGCCGCGCCGCCCGCCGAGGAGGAGGACGACGACGAAGACGAGGACGAAGAGAUGCUGGAGGAGGAGGACGAGGAGGAAGAGGAGCUGGAGGACGAAGAGGAGGAGGAGCUGCUGGGCGAGGAGGGCGGCGGGCUUCUCAAGGAGGGCCGUCGGGGCGCCGCCGCGGCCCCCGGCGCCGAGGGCGGCGAGCUGUCGCCCAAGGAGGAGCUGCUGCUGCACCCCGAGGACGGCGAGGGCAAGGAUGGCGAGGAGAGCGUGUGCCUCUCGGCCGGCAGCGACUCCGAGGAGGGGCUGCUCAAGAGGAAGCAGCGGCGCUACCGCACCACCUUCACCAGCUACCAGCUGGAGGAGCUGGAGAGGGCCUUCCAGAAAACCCACUACCCCGACGUCUUCACCAGGGAGGAGCUGGCCAUGAGGCUCGACCUGACCGAGGCCCGAGUGCAGGUAUGGUUCCAGAACCGUAGGGCUAAGUGGCGGAAGAGGGAAAAGGCUGGGGCUCAGACACACCCCCCAGGUUUGCCUUUCCCUGGUCCCCUGUCAGCAACUCACCCCCUCAGUCCCUACCUUGAUGCUAGUCCUUUCCCUCCUCAUCACCCAGCUCUAGACUCCGCCUGGACUGCCGCCGCCGCCGCCGCCGCCGCGGCCGCCGCCUUCCCCAGCCUGCCGCCGCCGCCGCCCGGCUCCGCGGCGCUGCCCCCCGGCGGGACCCCGCUCGGCCUCGGCACCUUCCUGGGCGCGGCCGUGUUCCGGCACCCCGCCUUCAUCAGCCCCGCCUUCGGCAGGCUCUUUUCCACCAUGGCCCCCCUGGGCAGCGCCUCCAGCGCGGCAGCGCUGCUGCGGCAGCCGGCGCCGGCCGCCGAGGCCGCGGUGGCCUCCGCAGGGCUGGGGGACCCGGCCAGCGCCGCCGCGGACCGGCGCGCCUCCAGCAUCGCCGCCCUGCGGCUGAAGGCCAAGGAGCACGCCGCGCAGCUCACGCAGCUCAACAUUAUCCCUGGGAACAGCACGGGGAAAGAGGUGUGCUAAGGCAAGGCUGCGGGUCUUUUUUUUUUUUUUUUUUUUUUUU